GUCUUUGUAAAAUUUAAAUCAAUAAAUUCUAUCUAUCUUUUUUUUUUUUCCUCUGAAUUCUAUUUAAUAUUCAUCACGAGUGAAUUGAUUUCAGAUUAGGAUUAGCAUGAUCACGAAGUCUUCUGUAGUUUUCUUCCUUUGAGCGUAUAUUCUGGCGUGCAAAAUGGCUUUAGUGGUCCAAAGUAAAAGAAUAUAUUUACUAUUUUCUAUGUUGUGAAGAGUGGUGGUUUGAUGAAAACAGAGUGCUGCUGACAAAGGCUUCUUACAUGACAAGCAGCAAGUUCAGUGUAUGGUAUUGAUUAAAGCCUGCUCAAAAUAGACGACAAUGUUGAUUAACAUAGGGGAUGAUGAUGUUUUUGAUGACAGAGAAAAUAGCAAUUCUGCUAAAGAACGACAAAAUGUGAAAUCAAUUUGACCUCAGCCACGAGAAGAUGAACGACCAAUCCCUAUCAGCGUAAAUGUAUGCGAGGACUAUGUAAGAAGGUUAUAAUGCCUUGGCAUAUACUUUCUCUACGGACAGAUUGCAACUCCAUAAAGACAUACCUUCUUUUAUAAUGAAGGGCAUUUUACACUCUCUCAUUUAAGGCCUGUCAGUUUCCCUUAUGAUAUACUGUACCAAUCUCAAACACCUGUUUCAGAAAAAGGACGAAUAAACCGCCAAGAACCAAAACCCAAAACUGCUCACCAUUCCCUUCCUUGUUACGUUUCUCUCAAAUUUUUAUAUGAAUUGAUGGUGCUAUUUCGGGAAUAAUGAAGAAUGCUAUGCAUGUGGGAUCCACUUCCAUCUCCAAAGGAGUCUCAUCAUCAAGCCAAGGCCUCUUCCGAAGGAGAUGAUAGGAACAAACUCAUGCCUGCAAGAAAACCACAGCCACUAAUUGCUGCAAGGAGGCCAGACUCCGGUGGCAAAGAAGGCUCUGCAAUCUCUCUCCUUGCUAACCACUUUCUAGUGAAGUUUGAUUCAUCACAAAAAAUAUAUCAUUACAAUGUUGAAAUUAGUCCCCAUCCCUCUAAACAAGUUGCCCGAGUAAUCAAAGAGAAGCUUGUUGAUAAUAAUUCUGCUGUGCUCUCUGGUGCUCUUCCGGCAUACGAUGGGCAGAAGAAUCUUUAUAGCUCCGUUGAAUUCCAAAAUGAUAAGCUUGAGUUCUACGUGAGCCUGCCAAUCCCAGCAAGCAAAAGUUCAUUAAAUGAUAGAGAAAUGUGUGAAUUGAAAGAGAAGCAUGAACAGCAUAAACUAUUCCGGAUAAAUAUCAAACUAGUCUCUAAGAUCAAUGGGAAGGAGUUGGCAAAAUACUUGGGCAAAGAGGAAGAUGAUGAUUGGAUUCCACUUCCACAGGAUUAUCUCCAUGCUUUGGAUGUAGUUCUGAGGGAUAGUCCAACUGAGAAGUGUAUACCAGCAGGUAGGUCUUUCUAUUCAACUUCAAUGGGAAGAACCAAAGAGAUUGGGGGAGGAGCUACUGGGUUGAGAGGGUUCUUUCAGAGUCUUCGACCAACUCAACAAGGACUUGCCCUCAAUGUUGAUUUUUCUGUAACUGCUUUCCAUGAGAGCAUAGGAGUGAUUCCAUACUUGCAGAAGCGCCUUGAGUUCCUUCGAGAUCUUUCUCAAAGGAAGAUGACAAGUUUAACUGGUGAAGAGAGGAAAGAAGUGGAGAAGGCCUUGAAGAACAUAAGGGUCUUUGUUUGUCAUAGACAAACUGUGCAGAGAUAUCGUGUCUAUGGCUUAACUGAAGAGACUACUGAAAAUCUUUGGUUUACUGAUAGGGAUGGAAAGAAUCUGAGGCUCGUUGGCUAUUUUAAAGAUCACUAUACCUAUGACAUACAAUUUAACAAAUUGCCAUGCUUGCAGAUUAGUAGGAGUAAACCAUGUUAUCUUCCUAUGGAGCUUUGUGUCAUCUGUGAAGGCCAGAAAUUCCUUGGAAAGCUUUCUGAUGACCAGACUGCAAAAAUACUCAAGAUGGGCUGCCAAAGACCAAGAGAACGAAAAGCCAUCAUUGAAGGAGUCAUGAGGGGGCCUGUUGGGCCAACUAGGAAUCAUUUUGGCAGUGGCAACCAGGAAAGAGAAUUCAACCUCCAGGUGUCAAGAGAAAUGACUCGUUUAUCUGGGAGAAUUCUUCACCCUCCCAAGCUAAAGCUUGGGGAUGGAGGUCACAUGACAAAGCUAAUUCCUUCACGGCAUGACCGCCAGUGGAACCUUCUAGACGGUCAAGUCUUUGAGGGAACUAAAAUUGAAAGGUGGGCAUUGAUAGGUUUCGGUGGUACACCUGAGCAGAAGUCCAAUAUCCCUAGAUUUAUAAGCCGGCUAUCUCAAAGGUGUGAAGAAAUGGGCAUUUUUCUUAACAAGAACACAAUUGUUAGGCCCCAUUUUGAAUCAGCCCAGGUGCUUAAUAAUGUCUCUCUUCUGGAAUCUAAGCUUGAGAAAAUCCAGAGAACUGCCUCAAACAAUCUGCAGCUGCUUAUUUGUGUUAUGGAGAGAAAACACAAAGGAUAUGCAGACUUGAAAAGAAUUGCAGAGACAAGUAUUGGAGUUAUGAGCCAAUGCUGCUUGUAUCCGAAUCUCAGCAAAUUAAGCUCACAAUUUUUGGCAAAUUUGGCUCUCAAAAUCAAUGCCAAAGUUGGUGGCUGCACAGUUGCUCUGUACAAUUCACUGCCAUCUCAGAUUCCAAGACUCUUUCAAUAUGAUGAACCAGUUAUAUUUAUGGGUGCUGAUGUAACUCAUCCCCAUCCACUUGAUGAUCACAGUCCAUCUGUUGCUGCUGUUGUUGGUAGCAUGAAUUGGCCUACUGCAAACAAAUAUAUUUCAAGAAUAAGGUCGCAAACGCAUCGACAUGAAAUCAUUCAUGAUCUCGGUGCAAUGGUGAAGGAGUUACUAGAUGAUUUCUAUCAGGAAGUAAAGAAACUCCCUGGGAGAAUAAUUUUCUUUAGAGAUGGGGUUAGUGAAACCCAGUUCUAUAGAGUUCUUCAAGAUGAACUACAAUCCAUCAAAGGGGCAUGUUCUAGAUUUGUUGGUUAUAAACCAUUAGUUACUUUUGUAGUAGUACAGAAAAGGCAUCACACAAGAUUGUUUCCCUUUGAAACUGAUCAUCAUUGUCACGAGAAUAUUCCCCCAGGGACUGUGGUUGACUCUGUGAUCACUCAUCCCAGAGAGUUUGACUUUUAUCUUUGCAGCCACUGGGGCAUGAAAGGAACAAGCAGGCCAACUCAUUACCAUGUUUUGUGGGAUGAAAACAAGUUUACUUCUGAUGAACUCCAAAAGCUGGUUUAUAACCUGUGCUAUACUUUUGUUAGAUGCACCAAGCCAAUUUCUUUGGUUCCUCCUGCUUAUUAUGCCCAUUUAGCUGCAUACAGAGGCAGACUCUAUCUUGACAGAUCAGAUUAUUCAUCGACUUUAUCCAAAGGUAUUUCUUCAUUAUCUAGACCUGCACCUCCAAAGACAGCACCUCUUCCAAAACUUAAUGAGAACAUCAAGAAGCUCAUGUUCUACUGCUAAUGACAAUGUGUGUGUGUGUUGCUGUCUUGCCAUUUGAUUUGCAACUUACCUUCUGAUAUCUGAUAUUAAGAGGCACCCGAAAAGUAGAAGAGUAAAUGCAUGCAGGAUAGGAUUAGUGGAGCAUGAAAAAACAAAAGACAUGCAAUUUCUGCAUUGUCUAAUUAAACAAGCUGCCUAAGGUCAAUUUACCUGUUAUACUUUCUUCUA